UUCAGCCACUAUGUUGGGAUCCAUAUUUUACAGAUCUGCCUCUGAAGAGCACAGCUGUGUAGAAACAGGAAGUCAAGAACCAGUGGCCAUUUAUUUCACCAGUGGGACCACAGGUGCUCCCAAGAUGGCCCAGCACUCUCAGAGCAGCCUUGGAAUUGGGUACACCCUUUGUGGAAGGAUUCUGAAGAAGUUCUCUAACAAAAUAACAAAAACACCAGUUUGUUUGCUUUCCUGUUUUGUUUUUGUUUGUUUUGCUUUUUGUUUUGUGGGAUUUCUUUCUUUCUUUAGCUUUGUUUGGGGUUUUUGGUUUUUUUGUUUGUUUGUUUUGUUUUGUUUUGUUUUUUGGUCUUGUUGCUUCUCCAUAUCACUUAGGUAUUGGCUAGACCUGAAGUCCUCAGAUAUCAUAUGGAACAUGUCUGACACUGGCUGGAUCAAGGCUGCCAUUGGCAGUGUGUUUUCAUCCUGGCUUCAGGGAGCGUGUGUCUUUGUACAUCGGAUGGCCCAGUUUGACACUGACACUUUCUUAGAUACGCUCACCACUUAUCCCAUCACGACCCUGUGCAGCGCUCCCACCGUGUACCGGAUGCUUGUGCAAAAAGACCUUAAGAGAUAUAAAUUCAAGAAGCUACGGCACUGCUUGACAGGAGGGGAGCCACUCAACCCCGAGGUGCUGGAACAGUGGAAGGCACAAACUGGACUGGAACUGUAUGAGGGCUACGGACAGACAGAAGUGGGAAUAAUUUGUGCCAAUCAGAAAGGACAAGAAAUUAAACCGGGCUCAAUGGGCAAAGGAGUACAACCCUAUGAUGUCCAGAUUAUAGAUGAAAAUGGCAACGUCCUACCACCUGGCAAAGAAGGGGAAAUUGCCCUCAGACUACAGACUACACGGCCUUUCUGUUUCUUCUCUGAAUAUGUGGACAAUCCAGAGAAAACUGCUGCCACGAUAAGAGGGAAUUUUUAUGUCACUGGAGACAGAGGAGUGAUGGACAGUGAUGGGUUUUUCUGGUUUGUUGGUAGAGCUGAUGAUGUCAUCAUAUCCUCUGGGUACCGUAUUGGGCCAUUUGAAGUGGAGAGUGCACUAAUCGAGCACCCAGCAGUUGUUGAAUCAGCUGUUGUCAGUAGUCCAGAUCCAAUCAGAGGAGAGGUAGUGAAAGCUUUUGUUGUCUUAUCUGCACCCUUUAAAUCAUCCAACCCAGAGAAAUUAACUCUUGAACUUCAGGAUCAUGUGAAAAAAUCAACUGCACCUUACAAAUAUCCAAGAAAGGUGGAAUUUGUUCCAGAACUCCCAAAGACAAUCACUGGGAAAAUCAAACGCAACGUUUUGAGAGACCAUGAAUGGGGUAGAACAUAGCCUGAUAAGAGAUGAUGGCAUUAAGUUGUUAAUAGGGCUGCUUUUAGUCCUUGCUUCCUAACAAUUUAGUGAUUAGUCUCUUAAAAUGCUGAAGAUUUUUCCUGGUUGAAAAACUCAAUUUUUUGUUUUGCAAUUAGCCAAAAAAUAAAUGAAAAUCUAAAAACAUUUGGGAAGAAAACUGUUAUAAUGACCAAACUGACAAAGGCAAUGAUUUUAAUGAUUUGCAAGGGUUUAAAAUAGCAAAUAAUUACUUAGAAAAGCACAGUGGACAUUGAAUUAUCUUGUGAAUGAUUAAGCCAAAAUAAAGAUUAGAACUAUUCUAAAAGUUCAAGACUGAAUUUCUUCAAGGUGCCUGGGUGGUUCAGUUGGUUGAGCAUCCAACUUCGGCUCAGGUCAUGGUCUUGCAGUUAGUUCUAGCCCCACAUUGGGCUCUCUGCUGUCAAUGUGGAGCCCACUUUGAUCCUCUGUCCCCCAUUCUCUCUGC